AAACGACCUCGCUUGGCUAGGCUAAACUAGGUUAGGCUAGCAGACACAAGAGGCGUCUCCUCUGUUUGGUACGACAUUGCUGGUGUUUAACCUUCACGUUAGACUCGAUGGCGGGCACUUUGGUUCGUAAAGCUGUUGACCAGCUAAAAAGUAAAGAGUUCAGGGAGUACUUGAUGAGGUACCACUUCUGGGGUCCGGUGGCAAACUGGGGUCUUCCUAUAGCAGCGAUUAGUGAUAUGAAGAAAAGCCCUGAGAUCAUCAGUGGCCGGAUGACCUUCGCCCUUACGUGCUACUCCCUCCUCUUCAUGCGGUUUGCGUACAAAGUUCAGCCGAGGAACUGGCUCCUGUUUGCCUGUCACCUAACCAACGAGACGGCGCAACUGAUACAGGGCAGCCGGCUCAUCAAAUAUAAAAUGGAGAAGAAGAGUGCCUAGUGUAUUUAGGCAUACUUUCUUCAGACGGAUGAAUGGCUGCAGAAUGAAGAAGCAUUUAUGUGUGUUUGAUCAUGGGUGAAAUCUGUGCAAACCUGGGAAUUGUUUCUGUUACAAAGGUAUCAAAUGGGUGAGGACUCUGAGUGUGUCUAACUAUGAGCAUCCAUUAAAGGUUGUUACUGAA